GGUGUUGUCGGCGAGGGUGAUGGUGUCGGGCGCCAGUCGCUACGCGGACGUUGAGCUUGGGCUUUCCGUCGUUCCGUUCGCGAGACCUGUCCUUCCUUGUUUUUUAACGCGCGCGAUCCGUUCUUGUGUUCGCCGAUCGACUCGCUGCACGACGAUUUGAAGCGACGCAUGCGGUUAUGUUUCGCGAUCGGUGAACGCCGGUAUUGAGUUCGAUCUCGAUCGAUUCGGUGUGAAUCGGGCUCAUUUGUGAACGGUAAAAGUGUCGCUUUUACGUGAAUCGAAGGAUUCGUAUGAUCGUACGUUCUCUCAGUUCAUUCUACCUGGUGAUUCCGUUUUAUAUCAGAAGGAGGAUACUCUCUACGGUGCAGCAGCAUGCAGGACUAUUACGGAUACCAACGCUGAUUCUAUGCACCAGGAGUUGCGACGAUUUUCAAAUGAAUGAAUGACGCUUCAGUUCGACGGGUCCAUCUCUGGCUCGAGUCAUAUGGAACACUCGACGGAUGAGUAACGAAGCGUGGCCCGGCUCUCAAGAGUGACUCGCGAGUACAAAACCAUCCGGCCACGAAACGAACCGCGCCCAAACGACGGGAAGAUGUUCCCGGGAACUCGUACCAGGGACGAUCGAAGGAGCAGAUAAAAGCGGAGCGGAACGAGGCAAACAUGAGAUAGAAACGAAACGGUAGAGGUGAUCGAACGAGCGGAGACACCAUGUGCUCGAGCCUGCGAGCCUGGUGGUGGAGAGGGCCGCUGCUCGGCACGAUGAUAAUGUUAUCGUGGACGUGGUUGGCAGAGGGUUGCCCGAGCAUGUGCACGUGCAAAUGGAAGGGCGGCAAAGAGUGGGUGGAGUGCGCGAACCGAGACCUGAAGGGACUGCCCCAGGGCGCCCGCGAGGAGACGCAGGUGUUAGAUCUGUCGAACAAUCAUCUAGUCAGCCUGCCCUCGGAUUGCUUUCACGCGCUCGGUCUGAUCAAUCUUCAACGCCUCUAUCUGGCCAGAUCGCACAUCAGUCGCAUAGCGCCGACCGCGUUCGUGGGCCUCGUGGGUCUGGUCGAGUUGGAUCUAUCCGAGAAUCUAAUCGAAGAGAUACCCAGCGAGACGUUCCCCUCGUACUCGAACCUGAUGAAGCUUCUGUUGAACGGGAAUCCCAUACGGGAGAUUCGUCGCGGAUCGUUCCAGCAUCUGCCGCACCUGACCAAUCUGGAAUUGAGCCAGUGCCGGUUGGAAACGAUCGAGCAGCACGCGUUCGAGGGGCUUCAGUUGCUGGAGUGGCUGAGACUCGACGGGAAUCGGUUGACCCGCGUGCCGGAGCUCACGUUGCCUCUCGGCGGAAGUCUUCGAGGUCUUACGUUGCACAACAAUCCUUGGCUAUGUGACUGCCGUCUGCGGGCCACGCAAGCCUGGCUAAAGGAAUCCGCCCCCGCGGCUCCUCAGGAGUCGGAACCCGUCUGCGACGCACCUCCAAAACUCCGGGGGAAACAGAUCAAGGUGGUGAAGAUGGACGAGCUAGCCUGUUUGCCGCAGGUCGAGCUUCAGGAACGGAUAGAGGCGUACGAAGGUGACAACGUCACCCUGAAGUGCGACGUCUACGCUGUGCCCGCUGCCAAGCUCACGUGGUGGUUCAACGGCGAGCCGUGCGAACUUCAGAACGAGAACGACUCGCUGUCCGUCGUUUCGUCCACGAUCUUUCCUCGAUAUGUCUACAGACAGCGAGGCGGAGUGAAUAUGAGCAGUACUUUGCUACUCUAUUCCGUCGAAUCCUUGAACGAAGGCAUUUACACGUGCGUAGCUGAGAACGGAGCAGGAGCCGUGCAGGCAAAUCUGUCUCUCCGGAUCCAGUUUCAAGAGAAGGUUACCGUGGAGCCUCCGAACGAUAACUCGAGAUCAGGAUACGUGGUGGCAAUAGCAGCUGGCGCUUUGGUGGGCACCCUUUUCGCGCUGGCCUCCCUGAUCGGAAGCAUAGUGUUCUGCAUGCGCAAACGACGCCGCGAUCGCAAGAGAAAUUCGAAGGUUCUCGUUUCGCAAAACAAAUCUGUGAUGCCGAUCACCAAAGACACCACGACGAGCUUGCCUUGUCGGAAGGGUAACGGGAGCUUGAUCGGGUUAGAUCAACAGAUUGUGUCGUACACGGAGAGAGAGUUAAACAGAGCCGCGACUCUGGAGCGAAGAGAACAUAGGACGGUGGAGGAACCGUAUUGCAGCCCGGUGUCCAAGUAUCUGACGGAACCCGAUCUGAUAAACGAAGUCCCAGAGACGACGGACGUCGGAUACGGGCAACUGUAUCGGCAUCAACCCGGCGAGAGACAGAUUCUCGAAUACGAUUCGGGAUACCCGUUGCAACCCGACCUGCGCCCCUCGAACAUCCCGCAGCUGAGCUAUCUCGAUCGCGAUGGAUAUCCGCUUAACUUUGGCCUACCAAAGAUCCCGUACAGUGCCGCGAGUACGUUGCCACGGCUAAGACAGAGAAUGCCAGUGGAGGGUUCCGCGGUCGCGCCACCAGCCAGGUACUCCAGAGAAGCGGAGUUCCUCGCCAGGUCGCCGGGAUACGAUCCGGUGUUGCCAAGGACCGACACCAGGUACACUGCCGAGGGCUACCCGUAUCCUGCCCAACAACAGCCUCAACCGAUCCAGCCGGUCGAGCAACCGCUUCAACAGCAGCUGCCAUCCGUUUCGCCGGUAUCACCGGUGGCCGUUUUCCCCGAGGUGCCCUUCAUCCCUUCGCCGCCCGCUGCCUACAGGGGUGAGACCACUCCCUUGUCGCCGAGGUCCUUGCUCAGCAAAACUGCUCGCGAAGCUGCCGCUGCGGCGGCGGCUAGAGCCGAGGAUCUUCAGCCGCCUCAUCACCCGGAAAGUCCCGACGAAGGGGGCUGGGAUCGUCCGAUUUCGGUGGUUUCCGAGAGAAAUCCAAAUGCAUCAUUCUCGUUCCCGAGCUAAGAGUACGUAGAACCGAGCAGAGAAGAAAAGGUGGAUCAAUCCGUGUACGCGGAAUGAGGAAACUGUCGGGUCUCGUACAUCGGGACAAAUUAAUCCAAGGAAAACACGAUUGGCAGAACAAGAAGCUCCGGGGACAGAGCAGUGACGUCGCCGUCGACGACGUCGUCUUCCGGAGAGAAUAGAUAUCAGACGUCGUCGGCUGCGGCUAAAGUGCCGGUUGAGCGGGAACAAAAGGUGGUCGUGGCAAUGGAGACGUCGUAAUGGAUUAAUCAGGUGCGAGGUUUCCCGGAUGUUCCGAAUCACGUGUCUACGGAUAAUAAUUUCUUGUCAGAGCCAGGAUUCUGGCUUGUUCGAACAGCGGACAGCGUCGCUAAUCAAAUUCUGUUUUCCUCGUGAAAGAGGAUGAAACGUCAGCGGGCGAGGACUGUUUUCCGAGAAUCAUAUUCCGCGGGGAGUGUUUUCUGGCUGGAAAAUAAAUUUAUUCGAGAAACUCGCGCGGAAAAUUCGCGCGACUCGUUCGGAAUCGAAGAACGCGAGGAGAGAACAAAACGGGAUUAUUUUUCGACGAAUCAGCCCGGUCGGGAUCUGUCCGUGACUGCGGCGGGGAAUUUUCGCGUGCUUCCGGGAAUCGGGUGUCUCGUGGGCCGCCACCCCUUGGCCUGGCCUGGUGGAAUUCCCUGAAAUACGUGGACGGUGCGCGCCGGGGCUGGAGGAAUCGAAUUUUCGGAGAGCUUACCGUACAGUCGUUGUGCGCGAACAAGCGGCCGGGUAUUUUCAAAAAACGCCACGUGAAUCGCAGCGAAAUCGAUUCGUCCAACGACCGGCCGGCCGGAAGAACGGUACGUAUUAUCGUGAUCCGUCAUUGCGGCCCUCCGCGACGAUGUUAGCUGAAAAUUUUGGUCACGGUAACUAACAUUCCUGAAAUUAACUGUGCAACGUUUGCGCUCCGAACUUUGCCGGAAGUUAUGCGUUUGACGGCAAGGAUUCUUGGUGGAAUAGUUAAGGAGAAUAUGUACCAUGUGCGUGUGUAUGUAUAUAUUCAUGGAAUAGUUGCGACGAGUGUUACGGAAGUUUAAGUUAAAAAGUGCGAGAACCGUGAAACGACGAACGACGGUGCGCGCGAGGCUAUUCCUUUGUCGACAGAGGCGAAUCGCGGCGCGAAUCAAUAAACAAUUGGAUGCAAAUGUGCUGAUUACGAACUCGUCCCGUACGCGAGAGUGCAAAGUGCAAGGGAAGUCUGGAGACAAGGAAAGCAAAAGAAGAGGAGGAGGGAGUAACGAGAAUAUAGCCUUGAUUACGAGUCUAGCCCGACGUCUGCUCAAACUCGUACGCAUCCUUCAAGGAAUUUUCCCGUUGGUCACGCUCUAAAUUGUUCCCUCGAUCACUUACCUUCUAGGCUAACCAAUUAUAUCGUUAAUUCAAGUUUACUGCUCGUCGAUUUCGAGAAGGGAAGAGCGAACCGGCUCCCCGGUUCGCGCCUGGAAAGUUUCAACGUACAGGUUGUAGCAAUUCUGCCGUAGCGAUAAUAACACGUUUAAACUCGGUGUUUAAGACUGGUGAACUGUGAACCCGCGAGAUUACGAGUUACCAGCCCGAUGUACAGGAUACAAAGUUACUUAAUAUGUAAAUUCGUCACGCCAAUUCUCACCCACACGUACACACACGUAACACACGGCCGGGAGAAUACGGUGUACGUACAUAACAAUAAAGAGAACACCAUUCGCCUGGCGUUUGGCUGCGCAUUCACCAUAAAAAGGUACAUUCGCGAAUUUUAAUCGCCAAAUCUUACAAACAGGAUGGGAACAAUUCGCGUGGAGAUUCGCAAACGUUCGCGAUUCUUGCAAUUAUUUUUCCACAAAUUGCUGCCGCGUUUUUAUCGUGAAAACUGAAAAACUUGAGAGCAGAAUGUACGAACAAGUGGUUCUAAAAAAAAGCUACAGCUUUUACUGUUCCCGAGCGCUGGUGGAUGCGCACCUAUAGGGCAGCGAAUUACGGUAAGUGGAUGGGGAAGUGUGCCGAACACUGGGAAUGGGAGAGCAUGGCUCGAACAAUCGAAAUUCGAACGGAUCCCGAAAGAUCGCGAACGCAGCUGACCGGCGCAGCCCGGCGUUCCGCAUUGCCGAUCAUCGACCGAUUUACGGCCGAACAAUGUUUGCUUUACGGUCUGCCUAGAAUCGAACCUCGCUCUCGCUCGUCCAUUAGAGGUAGCUCAGGAGAGUUCCCAAAAUGGAGCCACGAGACCAACCCGUGUCCGCAUCCUUCCGCGCUCGAAUCGUUGUGGUCCCUCGAAUUAUUUUGUUCGACGAGAUUCUUAUAUCCGAAUCGUGACACUUAAGUUUGAGCCACGUUCUACAGGGUAUCAUAAAGGUCCGUCGAGACGGAGGCUGGAAAUAUUUGAACGAUUUUUCAAUGACAAUAGAACAAUAUUUUGGGAUCAAUUAUCGCGCAAGUAUCGACAGAAACAUUCUCCUCUUCGUUAGUUUCCUUACUUCGGUAAACUGAUGAGAAAAGUAACCGACGACAUGAACUAGGAACAAACAUCGAUUUUCAACCUCCGUUUCGACGUUCAGGGCGAGUUAGUCCACGAUUAAGACGAUUUACCGUCAAUGGAAUCGCGUUUUCAACUCUCCAGGCCCAUUCUUCUCUCCUUCGGAACGCCUCUGACUCGCAGUUUUAUCGUACGUUCAUCGACUCGACGAGCGAUCGCGAAUAGUGAGACGCAAUCCGAUGAAAGGUUCGAAAAGAGAAUUCGUUGGCAAUAACUCAAAAUCUGUAGCCCGUGUACGCGCGCGAUGCACGCAAUAAAAUUUUCCGUGGGGGGGUGGAAAAAAAAUCGCCGCUGCCCGGCCACGGACGCGUCGUAAUUCACCGCGCUCCGCUUUUUUGAGUUAUGACGCGGUCCAGAUUAUUUGGCACGCCUCGCGUAGAAUUAGUUUUACGAUCCCUUCCACCCCACUGGGAGUUUCGUUUUUAGUUUUUACGUCGAUACAUUGAGAACACUGCGUCCACUCGUAGUAUUUUCUUUUGUUUUUUCAAAUUUUUCACUCCUCCACGCACGCCGGAGACUCUUGUCGCGUGUACUCGCCGGAUUUUUUAAUUUCGACGUUCGCGCGCGGUGGCUCUGUUGCAACCGACGGGGUCGAGACUUUUCACAGUAAAACCCGAACUCGCUUCGAUAAUCGAUAAGCUAACUUAUUUUCCGGGAUUCGUAACGUAACGAUCAAAGAUGAGAAAAACGUUCGUUUUUCUUACUUGCGAAUAAAAUGAACGUUUAUUUGCUUCUAUUUAGCACGGUUUUAUCUUUAUUUAUUUUUCGUAUCGCACCGAUGCUUUCGAUUAUCCUCCUUUCGUGUUUUAGAUUAUUUUGUGUUUAAUAAAAUACUUAACGAUCUUUGAAGUUUGUAUGCGGAAUGUAAAAUGUAUGAAAAUAAAUGCGUUUGCAGUGUUUAAUAUCUAGCAUUUUGAAAAUAGUAUUUGUUUCGUCAUGGAGAUACAAACCAUAAAAUUACGUGAUAAAGAACAAUAUAUUUGACAAGAGUCGAUGAUAAAAAAUAGAAAACCGUCGUUCAAGCCAAGUUUCAUAAUCUCUCGGUCUGUACGCGAUGGAACAGGAUAUUUUCGCGCGGCGAGCUUUGCCGAGAAAAUAUUGAAGCUUCGCAUACGUUCGCAAUUUUUUCGCCUCCUCGCAGCGAACAACAGGUGGCCGGAAACUCAUCUCGAAUGUCCAGCCACGGAGUUCUCAUCUUCAUGGGCAGGGACACCGCCUAUACACCCUCUUCCGAAUCUCCGAUGACGAGGUUUAAACGAGUUACGGGAGCAAGACACUGGCGGACACACGGGGAACGUGCUCGAACGUACAACUGCAGCUCGUGCGCUAAAACUAGCUGAAUCCCCGUGAAUCCUCAGGGAAUUGGGCGAGCGAACCUCGGCACUCGGCACAGGGCCUUCCGGUUGAAAGGGAUGCGUGCCACGAAAUCGCAUCGCAACCAGUCUUUCUUUUCCGUGCUUUCGAAACGAGUCUGCUGGAUCGGUGGGCUGAAAGGGGGUUUGUACAACGAGGAUAAUCACUGUUUGCAGUACAACGACCGUUUUGUCCGCGUGACGAGAAUCGAAGCGCGUUUCGCGCGUUCGAAUACGUGCUGCAACGAUUCGCCGCGCCGCCGAGCUUUAUUCACUGUCGCCGGGUCUUUUGAUGAUCCCUGUUAUUCCCUGACGCGACAUAUGUACACUCGAUGUUUCACUUUGAUUUUUCCAUUCGCCAAUUUUAUUCUCCUGUAUUUACCUUCUACAAAACAUUUGAAGCAGUUGAAUCUCUAUAGAACACUUGCAUGGUUGGCUCCUUCAUGGUUGGCUCCUUUAUGGUAGCUUUGGUCUUUCAGUCAUCCAUCGAAGGAUCAAUAAUUAAAGAGAUCAUUUAAAAAAAUCGUUUCGUUUAUCGUAUCAGUACAGGCGAGGUAUAAUCUGUGGUAUUCAUUUUUCGCACUACUUCAGCAAAGACAAAAACGUCCUUGAAUUUGGAAUAAAUACCAAUACACGCAUGAAACUCCCGAAGUUGACCGAUUUACCAAUUUAGACAUCCAGCUGACAAGCGUUUUUUCCAGGCAGAUAACUGGGUCAUUCUGUCAGCAGUUGCACCCAAAUUUUAGAAACUGUACUUCCGGACGAAUUAAUAUAUCGGAAUAAAUCCGAAACGAUUUUUCUCGUCUUGACUUCCUCUGUAAACUAAUAAGGUUUUCAAUAAAAAGAUUCAGUGUUCUUGUAUUGAUAAAUUUAUAACGAAACAGUAUAUUUUAAUGAGAAUUAGACAUUUUUCCAUUUGACUGUAGUUAUAAUGAAAUUCGUGGCAAAAUAGAGGAUCCGAGUUAUUGCGAGGAGUAUUUUCCACUAACAUAAAAUUUACAACCUGAAUUAGAGACCACAGAACUGCUAUGUAACGAGACCUAUAUCCUCUCGAGACUGGAUUAACGACGACAUCCUUUAAGCAAGGCCUACACUCCGCAGUAUUACACCGUAACAUAAGUUUGCGCUAUUUAGGCCCCGCAAUAUCACAUUAUAGAAGCGAGUUCAAAUUCAAAAUUACCUCGCUUCUGUUAACCAAAUUUUUUUUUCUAUUUUAUCCAACUAUGUGUAAUACUUCGUUAAUAUUUAAAUUCCAAAUAAUUGAAAAUUUUAUUCUCGCACAACAUGGAACAUGUCAUUUUCUAAAUCACAAUAACAGUGGAGCCAUCAUCAUCGCAUAUUUUCAUCAUUAAAUGGUUACACGAUGCUUUGAAAACGCGUAAUGGGAACGAUUAUCACGUUGUCGCUUUAACGCAGAGCGUAACGAGCGUUGACGACGCUCCGUCGACCAGCUCGGACAGCGAAUAAUGAAUCGUCGCGAAUCAAUGAUUCAUUAUUUUUAACAAUCAGUCGCUCGUCCGCGUACAUAGUUUAACGGGCGGCGCACAAAGGAUUCCGAGUAACGGCGGAUCGACCGAAUAUUUCCGACGCCGCGCGCUUGUACGCGUCCGGCGACGACGAUUAACGACAGGUUAUGAACGCCGCCAACGGACCGUGAUAAUUAUUAGCCGGUAUAAGCGAUGGUUAUUGGCGCGCGACGAUUUAAUUAUUUGACGCUAAUGCGGUUCCACGUUUUAACGAUGCGACGCCCAGUCCGUGUCCGGCCUUCAUUCGUUUCCUCCGCACGAUUUUAACAAGCUCGCUGUUCCCAAAUGAUUUUGCCUUAUCAUUUGUCCUCAACAAAUUAGAUCGACACGUGAAGUAAACCGAACUGAUCUCAUCGGAUAUUUUUGAUAGAAUCAUGAAUUUUAAUCAUGCUUUUUAAAUUCGUCAGCAACGUACUUCACUUGUAACGGCAUCGCUAUUUCUAGUUUCGUCUCGUCUCGAAUUUCCGUUUUAAUUGGAACAAUUAUAACUGAAAUUGACAUCGGUCUGGUCCAGUAGAAGUCCGACGACGAGACCCGUGACUGUCGAACAAAUUAAUACGAAACCCAUCCUGGUCAGGUGUAACGUGGCUAAUUUCUCUCGGAUAGCUCGAAUCAAAUUAAGCUAUGGCCGACGCGAUAUAGGACACGUUGUAAUUACGAUGAUUGGAAUUUAAUCGAUCACUCGUAUCCUGGGUAUGUAGAUCCAAGAUCAGUUUCAAAGCGGUGCUGAUAACGUCGUUUAUCCGUCCCUCCUGAUCCGCAACCUAUAACUAAAUCAGGAAAACUAUCGGGAAGCGUGAAACUUGCGAAACCGUUUGGACAGUCAUAGCGAGUCUCACGUAAUUUAUCAGUUACGUCAUCCAGUCGGAUAAAUCACGAGUCAGUCAUCAAUAUCGGUUAUCAAAUCCUUAAGGUUGUAUGAACUCUUACAUAAAAACAAUGACAAACCAUUGAAAUUUUAACAGUUACUAGAUAUUACAUUAAUGUAAUAUUGUACAAAAUUUUAGAAAUCUCACGAGCCUAUU